CCGAAAGUAGGAAACCCACGAUCUUCGAGUUCGACGCGCUGGUUCAAGAACAAAAUCAGUACGUUUGAGAAGAAAUUAACCUAUUGGGUGAUGUUUCAAGGAAAGCGACGAGAGCGAUUUAGAAUACGCUGAGCUACGGAGGGUUGCCUAGGUAAGACGGAGGUUAUGCCUGGUUACAGGGUGGUGAAUAGACAAAUUUUAAAAAGAUGGAUCAGAGACCCGAGAGUACAGGUACCCCUCCUAUCAGUGAACUCCAAGGGUAUCAUGGGGCUCACACAACAUCUUCCACAGGCCAUGAACCUUCAGUCCAGUCUGGAUUCCCACCAUCUUCUAUAGGGUACACACCAGCUAACCAGACACAAGGUCAACCAUACUUUCAUCAUCAAGGUCAAGUUCAAGGUCAGUCAGUAGAGCAGCAACACAUUCAACCACAAGGUCAGCUUCAAAGUCAUUGGCAACAGAAUAAUCCACAGAUGGAGACUAGAAAUCAUCCACAAGGUCACUUUCAAGGUCAGUGUGAUGGUCAGAUUCAGGGUCAGCCCCAUGGUCACCAAGGAAAUGUCCAAAAUGCUACUUCUGGGGGUCAAAAUGUUCCAGGUCAUUUGCAAGAAGAAAGUCACCUUCCUCACGAUUCCAGACCGAAAUCACAGACAGACAGCUGGCAGCCUCCACCAAUGACGGGAAUAUCUGGGGUGCACCAGACUAACAAGGAUCAAUGGUACCAGGGAGCACCAUUACCACAACAGUCUGGGCAGCCACACACAUUUCGCAGCACCGGGCAACCACCUUACAGCACCGGGCAACCACCUCACAGCACCGGGCAACCACCUUUCAGCACUGGACAGCCACACAUAUCUCACAGCAGUGGGCAAUUCACAAAACCUGGCAUAAAUCACCCUAAUAUGAUACCUGAUGUGCCCAGGUCACAGCCUCCAAUGGUGAUUCCUACCAUGCACCAUCAGGCCGACAAGCCUGGAACACAACCAGCAGAACCCAGGCAUGAGUCACCAGUUCAGCAUUAUGACAUUCCUGUACAACAUUUUACACCAAGAUUUCCACAUCAACAAUUUAUUGUACCAAGACAACCCUUUAGUCCCAAUUAUCCUAUCCAGAGUCAGACGGGUCCACACCCACAACAUCUUCAUCCCACGCAGCAAGGUCAGUCCAAACAGCACGGUCUGCCCACACAGCAAAGUCCACCCACACAACAAGGUCAUCGGAAACAAUAUGGUCCGCAAAUACGAAAUAGUCCGCAAAUGCAAUAUAUUCCAUCCACAUCACACAGUCCAAUCAUGCAACAUGGUCCUCCCACAUCACAUGGUCCUCCCACAUCACAGGGUUCUCCAACAUCACAGGGUUCUCCAACAUCACAGGGUCCAACCCCACAACAAGGUCCUCCAACAUCACAGGGUCCUCUUACACAACACAGUCCUCCUGCAUCACAGGGUCCCCCGACACAACAUGGUCCUCCCAUAUCACAGGGUUCACCCCUACAACAUGGUCAUCCAACAUCACAGGGUCUACCCACACAAGAUGGUGGUCAGACACAAUAUGGUCCACCCACACAGCCUGGAUACUACCAAUUUCCUGAGGCAUCUGCUCCCUCCGGGUCUCAGUACGACCAACCGAAUAUUUAUCCAAAUAAUCAAUACAGAAGAGAUUAUUCUCCAAACCGACAAGGCAACAGCCCUGGUCCUCAUCAAUACAAUCAGCACGGUCACCAGGGUUACCAAGGUCAAACAUACCAUGGCCAGGGUUACCAGGGUCAAGGUAACCAAGGUCAAGUUUACCAAGGUCAGGGUUAUAAAAAUCAAGGUUACCAAGGUCAAUAUUAUGAAGGUCAACAAGGUCCAAUGUGGUCAAAUCAAGGGACAUGGUUGCAGAACAUCCCACAAGCUUGGGGACCACAUAAUCAGCAAUAUGAUCACGGUCAAAGCACUGACCAGUACAAAGCAGAUCAUCAGAACUUUCCACCAGGGGGAGCUGGUGGACCAUUUCCCCAGCAAGAUGACAACUCCAGGGGACCAGUCAAAUUCAAAGAAGGUUCUCCAAACCAAGGGACCAAGGAUAUGACAUCAGUCUCAAAGAAACAGCAGCAGGGGAGACAACCCUCUACUGAAGAAGCAGAGGACAAUGGGAAACAACAAGCAAUCAUGGUGACCUUCAAGGCUAAUACAAGUGAGGAUACGCUGGAAAAUUAUUUUGAGAAUGAGAAACGAUCUGGAGGUGGGACUAUUGACCUAAUGGACUACAGCGAGGACAGAGGAGAGGCCAUCAUCACAUUUCAGGACAGUACAGUGAUAAGCCGAGUGUUGGAGAAAUCGGGACAUGUCAUAAGUAGAAACAAGUUGGAUGUGAAGGCCGUUUUCCUUGAGACCAAUACUUACCUGAUAGAGAAUAUUGAUCCCAACUCUGACGAGGAUGGAUUAAUUUACUUUCUUGCCAGUCGUAAAUGUGGUUCAAAUGAGGUGGAUGCUUUAGUGCACCAUUCUGGAUGUGCUGUCGUUAAAUUUGGUGACAAAAUUGAUUUAGACAAACUACGGAAAGCAUGUGAGAACAAAGCAUUUGACAAGCAUCAUUUACGAGUAUCGAGGGUUGCUGAAUCUAGUUGUGUCAAAGUAACGAAACUGUCGGAAUCACACAGUGAGGACACUGUGGAUGGGUUGUUCUCAAACGAGCGUCGGAGUGGAGGCGGGGACAUUGAAGAUAUUGAGAUGAUUGACAGAUUCAACAUGUGUAUCAUCACAUACUCGGACCCGGAGGUGGCCAAGCGUGUCUGUAAGAAGGAUCACCUUAAGAUAGGACAGAGUGUUGUACAAGUGUCCCUGUACUACCCGGCCCUGCGAGACCCAGCCUGGUCUGCCCCUCCCCCAAGGAAGCUCCCCGGCCCCAUUCAGCUGCGCAACAUUGAACAGUGCAUCCUCAGUUUUGCCUACUCAUCAUCUUUGUAUAAAGCCCAGCUGGAGAGUGACCUUUGUGAGGUUAAAGGUCAAAUGAUCUGGCGUGGUGCUGACAAGGAGGUGAAAGCUGAGGUUGAAUGUACAUUGGAUGUUGAAUGCAGGGAGUAUGAUAAUCUGGUGGAAACAUGGCAGGAAGAUGUAGAUCGGGUUAUAAACAAGUUUUGUGACACUAUGGACAGUAAAACUCUGGCUACUGAUAAAGACACAAAACUCUGGGAUAUCUUCAUGGCUAAGCUAAGAGAUCUGGUUGUAGACAAUCCUGACCAUGUAGCCACGGUGAUAUCCAAAGAAGAGUUCAAGGUCAUUCUAGUCGGGAGGCAGGAUGCUGUGGCAGACUUAAAUACAAAGGUCAAGGUUAUAAUAGACAGAGCGAGGGAGGAAAAAGAGGCAAAGACAGUUGUCAUUGAACAGAAUGCAUUCAAGGUUUGUUUGUUAGUCAAGUUAGGUGUGCAGGAUGAUAUAGAGUACACUUGUUCUGGGUUAUCUGUAACCAUGGAUACAGAGAAUGGGCAGAUAACUCUUAAAGGCAGUCAGGAGCAGAUAUUAACUGCAAAGUGUACGUUAAUGGAGAAGAUGGGGGCAAUUGAAGCACGAACAUUCUCCCUUCAGACGGGAAAGUCAGAAAUGAUGUCAAAACAGGCGAUCCUUGAAGAAAUGUACAGAGAGAUGCUGAAUGUCGGGGAAACAGUUGUUAUAGAAAGCAUGAAGGGGAGCUGUAAAAUCUUGGGAACAGAAGCUACAGACUUCUCCAAGGUCAAAGAUGUGAUGGACGAAUAUCUAAUGGAAGGGGAGGUUAGAGUGGAGGAGGUGUUUGAACAGUGGUGUGACUCAACUAGCCUUCUGGAUUGUCGUGAAAAGUUGGAUGACAAAUUUUCCUGGAAAUUCCACUUGGAAUUACAGAAAAAAAAUCAGAAGGUCAUUGUCACAGCAACCAGCGAUGUCUUCAAAGAGGUCGUAACUAUGGUAACCAGUGCUACACACAAGUUUGAAGAAAGUCAUGGUAUACAUGUCAAAUUUGUUGAUGUUGUUGAUGGGAAAAUGGAGUUUAUCAAAACCUACCUGACAGAACAGUUAAUGGACCUGCAAGAUUUAAACUUGAAUAUCAAACCAAGUCGACCUGGGAACAAAACUGGAUAUGAAAUAAGAGGGAAUAAAAAAGCAGUUGAAAAAGCUGUGGAUGAAUUAAAAGACAUGAUCAAAACGGAAAUAUUUGAAGUGAAGCAUAACGUUGUCAAACCUGGUGUCAAACGUUUCUUUGGAUCACAAGAUGGAAAGAAAGAAAUCAAAAGCUUGGCAAACGUACAGAAUUGUAUUAUUCAUGUGGAAGAUGAGACAACCGGCGGAGGUCACAAGGGUCAGAUGUCAGAAAAGUCUCAAUUGACCCUAGUUAAGAAGGCCAAAUGUAUGGUGAAAGGUCUGAAGUUCCAGGUGUUCCAAGGAGAUAUCACCAAUGUCAAGGUAGCAGCCAUGGUGAACUGUGCCAGUCCGGAGAUGAAACACAAGGGAGGCCUGGCCAAGGCUGUCGUAGAGGCAGGAGGCCAGUCUAUACAGACACAGUGUGACAGACACAUCAGUAACCAUGGCAAAGUUCAAAAGGGUCAUGUGAUCACAACAACUGGCGGUGACCUUGACUGCAAGGUCAUCAUACAUGCUGCAAUCCCUGUCUGGCAGGGAGGUAGUAAGGGUGACCUGGACAUUGUAGAGAUGGCUGUGAAGGAGAGUUUACAGGAAGCAGCACAAGGCUCUCAUCAGUCGAUAGCUUUCCCUGCCUUGGGUUGUGGAAGGUUGUUUAAAUAUCCAACACACAAAGCCACUGCUACAGUCGUGGCCACCUUGAAGGAACUGUUGCUAGGUGAUGACAAGGACUCUCCAGUGAAGGAAGUGUAUUUAUGUGAUGUAAAUGAUGAUGCUAUUCAGGGUUUCACAAAAGCUUUAGCUAGUGAGUUUGGCUCCACAAAUGUCAAAGUGUUUGAAGAUGAGGAUCAUCAUAAGAAAGGCAAGACAGCAUCCAAAGGCGAUCAAGGUCACAUCUAUCAUGAAGUUGAAGAAGAAGAUUUUCCAGACAGCUCCAAGGGAGCCACAGCUGCACCACCCAAGAGAAAGGGAUGGGGCCAAGCGAAACGUGGUCUGCAGUCACCCUCUCAAGGUCAAACAGCAAAAUCUGGAGGUCAAGGUCAUCCCAUCAGACUGGAAGUAGGAGACUUGACAAAAAUGAAAGUACAUGUAGAUGUGAUUGUUAGUUCUGUGACCCCGAACCUUGACCUUGAUGGGACUGUCAUGUCCAAGGGUCUUUCCCAGGCUGCUGGUCCGUCAGUACAACAGGAGUGUAACGACAAAUACCCGCGUGGGAUCACAGCAGGAGACGUGGCAGUCACCACAGGAGGUCAACUCAACUGUAACCACAUCUACCAUGUCACCAUACCUAAGUGGGAUGGGGGAGGAGGAAACGCAAUCAAGAAUCUUGGUGACACGGUAACAAAGUGUUUAGCCCUGGCAAACCGUCACAAAUGUGUUUCCAUAGCGAUACCUGCCAUGGGGACGGGAAGACUGCACUACCCUGCUGACCAGGUGGCAGGCACAAUGUAUGCAUGUGUGGAUAAAUUCCUACAGAAUACCCAGAAUCCCUCACUACAGGAAAUACAUCUCGUAGUGUUCCACAAAGACUCGGCUACAGUCAAGGCGUUCAAGCACGUCUCAAGCAAUUACAAGACUUCAGGUUCAGCUGCCUUAUCGCCAAGUAACACAGGGUCUGGUUCUGAGGUGGAGGACAUGUUCGACAAGGUCAAGGUCAUAGUCACCAGUGGUGACAUCACCAAGGAGACGUCUGAUGUCAUCAUCAAUGGUGUAGAUGAGAGUUUGAAUCUUAGUAAAGGACAGUUAUCAAAAGCUGUGCUGGCUGCUGCUGGAGAUGGUAUACAAGAUGAAUGUAACAACAAUGCUCAUUAUAUACACAGUAAGGGCCUCGUACGGACAUCUGCUGGUAACCUCAGCUGUAAGGCAAUCUACCACAUCAAGUCAGAGAAACAAGCCAACGCAUGGGAGUCCUCUGUUACCAAGUGUCUGGAGGAGGCAGAUCGCCAACACUAUACUUCUGUGUCAUUUCCAGCUCUUGGAACAGGUCUACAACACUGCUCACCACAGGAUGUGGCUGCUGCCAUGAUCAAGGCCACCAGGACGUUUUCAUCGAGUGCCAAGCAUGUACAUGAAGUCAGGAUCGUUGUUUUUCAGAAGAACAUGCUCAACAUAUUCCUUUCUGCGCUCAAACAGAAGUCAGGGUCUGAAGGAUUCUUCAUUGUCAAUGCUGUUAAAAACUUUUGUGCAGGAAUUAGAAAGAAGAGUGAAGAACGGAGCGUUACUGAUAAACAAGAUAAGGUGACGUUCUGUAUCUGGGCGGCCUCCAAGUACAAAGCACAGUGUACUCAGACGGAGCUUGACAUACUCUGUGAUAAAAAGUGUAGAGUUACGGUGAUAAAAUCUCCCGUCGAUAUCAUCAAAAAGCUGACUGGAAAGCAGCAAGCCUCUUUGGAGAAAUGUGUUGGUAAAGGUGCUCAAAUGGAAAUUGACACGGGAAAAGGACAGAUUGUUCUGCAAGGAAAUUCAGAAGAUACUGCAGAAGCAAAUGUCAAGAUAAUGGAUCUUCUUCACGGUUUUGAUAGGGAAAAACUGAAGGGUGAAAAAGCUGCAACUGUAGCCAUGUUUGUACAGUGGAGCUACAGCAUUAAGGGGAAAAAGAAACUGUUUUACCCGACCAUCAAUGAUGAAUUAGAAAUGGCAUAUAAGGCUAAAAAAACAGGUGUAGAGAUAAAAGACAAGCAAGGUCAGAAAUACUAUGUGGAUUUUAAGAAAAUGGAGGAGCAUGCACUGAGUAACUCGUCUGAAAAGUUCCCAGUGGAGAGGACGGACAAUGGGUCAUCAGGUGGUGGUUAUAAAGUCCCCGACACGUGGACGUCGAUGAGCCAGGGACAGCUUGUUGUGUCUGUACCUCUCCCUACCACCAACAAGGAGUACAUCAGGGUCAAGAGUGAGUUUGAGAAGUCAGCAGGCAGAACCGUCAACAUUCUAAAGAUACAAAGGGUACAGAACAGAGCUUUGUAUAUGCAGUUUGCAGCAAAGAAAAGGGAGAUAACUGAUAAAAACAAAAAGAACCCAGAAAAGUGGCUUUGGCAUGGUACAAGUGUUGAUGUCAUCACGAAAAUCAUUCACAAUGGCUUCAACAGGAGUUACAGCAACAUGUGUGCAAUAGGAAAUGGUGUUUACUUUGCUGUGAAUGCGUCCUACUCCCUUGGUGGGUACUGCCGACAGGACAGCAACGGUGUGUUCCACAUUCUACUUACUCAAGUACUCACUGGAGACUCCUGCCAAGGAACAGCUGGGAUCAAGGUGGCCCCUUCAAAAGGGGGAGCUAACUCUGUGGAUUGUUAUGAUUCAGUGACGGACAACACAGGGGGCCCUUCAAUGUUUGUGAUAUUUCACGACAGUCAAGCGUACCCCACUUACCAUAUUGAAUUUAAGUGACAUUGUAUCGUAGCGCCAACAUGAGUGAGUACCUAGAGUGAUAAAAAUACCUGAAUGUUGAAAUGAAUUAAACCUUUCACCCCUGUGUAACUUUAGUAAACUCUUCCAUGCAUUGUUCGGGAUGAGUCAAUUAUGGUUUACAGUGGUGAAAGAGUUUACUAGGAACGAGUCAAUCAUCAGUGGCCAGAUAAUACUUUCAAAGCCAAUAAGUUUUACCGUUACGUGACCGCAAGAUGUUUUGAUAUACAUCAAAGGAUCACACUAGACUUCUGGUCUCCUUCGAUUUUUUCUAUGACAUAUUCCAGGGGUGAAGAGAGCGAAAGUGAGCGUAACCCCUAGAUAUCGAGGAUGGUACAUGUGCCAUUAAUAAUUCUAAUUUUAUGGAAACGAUUUAUCCAAAUCAAUCAUGAUUUGAAAUAUUAUGAAAUAUACAUGUAAUUGUUAUGUCGUUAUGCUGGAAAUAUUUUGCUUGUUAGGGAAUUUUAUAGAAAGUAUAUAUAUACAUUUGUGUGCAAUUGUUUGAAUACUUGAUUUUAACAAGUGACUUUCUCCUGCUCUGUGGUUCCCCUGUUCUUAUUUCCCUUUGUACUCUUUUCUGUACCCGAACUCUGCACGUGAUGUUUCCCUUUGUUUUGCCGUCUCCUCUCUACAUAGACUAUGUUUAUGGCUUAAGUUUUGCUCUGUUCAUUGGCUAUGAUCUUGAUGUAUAUCCAAUUCUUUCCUUUAGUUUUGCCGUCUCCCCUUGUCUGUACUGAACUCUGCACAUUGUAUUUCAUUUAGUUUUGCCGUCUCCUCUUCUCUGAGUCUCUACCUAGACUAUGAAAGUGGUCUUCUUCCUUUGUUUAGGUUUUCCUCUGUUCAUAUCCUAUAGUCAUGAUUAUUUUCUUUUUGUUUUGCCGUCUCUUGUCUGUACCUUAAUCUUGCAAGUUGUAUUUCUUUUUGCUUUGUUUUUCUUCUUUGCACAGUUAUAACUUCCCCUGUGACAAAAUACAGUGUAGAGGAGAGUUGGAUCAAUGAUUAUAAAAUAAAACAUUGAUUUUUUAUUUGAAAUUUUGUAUGGAUCGCUGAUUAUGAAUUAAAAAAAUGUAUCGCUGAUUAUAGGAUAAAAUACGGAUCAAUAUU